CCCUAUUCUCAUUUCCAAGUGUUAAACAAAAUCCUGACGGUUACAACUAUGGUGGCGGUGGCGGCGAAAACACAAGACGGUGUCUCCGAUGAACUGAACUAUGAAAUGUGGGCUCCUACAGCGAAAACAACACUUGUGGAGAAAGGACUUUGGGACGUUGUCGAAAACGGAGUCCCACCGGAUCCGACGAAGAUUCCAGAGUUAGCGGCGACGAUUAAGGUCGAAGAUCUCGCUCACUGGAGGAAUCGUGUGAUGAGAGACAUCAAAGCGCUCAAGAUCAUACAAGCUUCACUCACAGAUUCGGCCUUCAGGAAAACCAUCUCGGCUUCAUCAUCGGCCAAGGAGCUUUGGGAUACACUCGAGAAAGGUAACGAAGAAGCGAAACUUGUUAGGUUAGAGGAACAAUUCGAAGAACUUAGCAUGAAUGAAGGCGAAUCGAUCGAUUCAUACUCCGAUAGGGUUACGGAAGUGGUAGAACAGUUGCGUCUUUUGAAAAUUGAGAAGUCUGAUGAUGAGGUUGUUAAGAAAGUGUUAGCGUCGCUAUCUGGUUCAUCAUACAGUGAUGCUCUUCCUCUUUUGGGAGAACUCAUUGAUAUGAAGACGCUUGAUAUGAAUCUUAAGAAGCUUGUUGAGUUUUUUCGUUCCUAUGAUUCGUUCUCGGAGGAUAAUUUUCGUCUAAUGUUGAAGCUAAAUAGGCUUAGAUACGAGUCUAGUAAUAAGUGGUGUGGCGUGUGCAACAAGGACGGUCAUGACGAAGAAGAAUGUUUUUAUUCCAAUCCUAAGGCAGGGGACAUGAGUGGUGGAGUUAGUUUGAGAGGAGGUAGUUACAUUCAACGUGGAGAAUAUGUGUAUCAAGGAGGUUUCUGUUUCAGAAGGAACGUGAAACCUGCGGGGACAGAAGCUGAUGAGAGUCAGACUACUGAUGAGGGAGAAGAAAUGUUAGUUGAUUAUGUACUGUUGGCGAAGUCGGAGUUGAGUGAUUUCACAUACGAGGAGGAUCAGUGGAUGAUAUAUGGGCAUGCUACGAUCCAUAUGACUCCGUAUGAGAAGCUUUUCACGACACUAGACAGAACACACAAAGCUAAGGUUGGUUUGGUUGAUGGGACGGUGGUCAUGGCAGAAGGAAUUGGUGAUGUGAAAGUUGUGAUGAAAGGUGGGAAGAAGAAGACGAUCGCUAAUGUGAUUUUUGUGCCUCGUGGGAUCAACAGAAACGUGUUGAGUGUUCCUCAGAUGAAUUCAAGAGGCUGUUCAUUCAAAUCGGGAGAACAUGGUGAGUGCAUUGUUCGUGAUCGGAAUGGAGUAGUGUUUGGUGAUACUACGUGGGAUGAGAAAGGAUUGUCUAUUCGUUUGCAGGUGGUUGAAGGAGGUAAUCUCACCUCUUAAGGAAACUUUGCUCUUUUCACUAUCUGGUGGUACUACUAGACUUAACUCGUAUGGUAGACGUAUAUGAUGACUUUUAUGUAGGUCUUUUUCUUCUUCUUUUGGAGUGUGGUUUUAUUCUGUUUUCAGCUUGUUCGUGAUGAUUCAUAUUCUGUUACUUCAAUAUGAAUUAAUCUGUGGUCUUUGUAAUUAGCUAGAACGGCUUGGUAUCAAUCUUUUUUUUUUCUUCUUUCAAAUCACUAUGCAACGAUGAUGCUUUUGUCAAGUUAGUUUUGUUAUUGGUGAAUAAGG